AUUUUGGUGACGUCCUAUCCGGAAGUUUUCUCACGUUGAAGUGGAUGGUGGAGAAACACGUGUGGAGCAAUAGUCUAUAUAUGUACAGUUUAUGUUUUGUUUUUACUGUUUAAAAGUGAACAUUACUUGCAUUUAGCUUGAAACAUACAUUUCCGGCAUUAAAAUGAAGGAUAAUGCUUCAUGAAUCUCAUCUUGUGACUGUGAGAUGAGUUUAUGUGUCUGAUGUGUCUGUGACAGUGUAUCAAAAUUAUAUAGCUACUACACCGCUUGUUUUAAUCGGCGUUUACAACCUGUUUACUGUCAUGGCUGAUGACGUGCUAAUGCUCAACAUCUCCUCGGAUCCCGUGAAGUUUCACAAAAAGACAAACCGAAGACCCCUGUCAUCAGCAGAGAAAUGGGCACAGAAAAAGUGGGAAUCAAAGAGGAAGGCUGUCUUUGAGCCCCAGGAGAGCAGCACUUCCAAACAGAGGAAGAUUAAUCAAACUGGUCAACAGCACGCACAUAAGCAGAAGCUGCAAACCCCCAAAAGCCCCUCUCAGAGGAGUAAUAAUAGAGACACAGAGGAGAACGAGGACCAGAGAGAAAAGUCUGCUGCAAAGUCCCCAUCAAAGGUGAAAACAUCUCCAAAGAAAGCUCCGGAAGAGCAUGGAGACCAUGGCAGACCAUUUAUCAAGACAUCGUCUCUCUUCAGAAACAACCCAGAGAUCCCUGAUGUCCUCAGUCCUGCUGUAAAUCAAGUAAAGGAGAAAGUCUUCACCAGCAACACGUUUGAAGAACUGAAUCUACAUCCUCAUCUGGUGGCAACUCUCCAUAAGGUGUUGAAUGUGACCAGUAUGACGAGUGUCCAGAAAAAAACCAUACCAGUGCUGAUGUCCGGUAAAGAUGCUGUAGUGCGCUCCCAGACUGGAUCAGGAAAAACAUUGGCUUAUGGAAUUCCAGUGGUUCAGUUCUUACAAGCGAUGCAGCCUAAAGUGAAGAGAUCAGAUGGACCUUUGGCUGUUGUGAUUGUGCCAACCAGAGAGCUUGCACUGCAGAGCUUUCAGAUGUUUCAGAAGCUUCUAAAACCUUUCACCUGGAUUGUACCAGGAGUUCUGAUGGGAGGAGAGAAAAGAAAAGCAGAAAAAGCCAGACUGAGGAAGGGCAUUAAUGUUCUGAUCUCGACUCCAGGCAGACUGGUGGACCACAUAAAAAACACUCUAAGUAUUGCUUUCAGUGCUGUGCGCUGGCUCAUUCUGGAUGAAGCCGACAGGACUCUGGAUUUGGGCUUUGAGAAAGAUCUGACUGUGAUUCUGAAUGCUUUGAACGUCACCGGACUUGCCAGGCAGAAUGUGCUGCUUUCAGCCACACUCACCGAGGGACUGUCCCGAUUAGCCAGUAUCAGCAUGAAGGAGCCCGUGAGUAUCCAUGUGUCAGAGGGGAGCGAGGACACAGUUGAAGCGUGUCCCCAGGCGGCCCCUCAGGCUCUGUCUGACAGCUACGCGAUGCCUGAGAGGCUGCAGCAGCACGUUGUGGUGGUGCCCAGCAAACUCCACCUGGUCUGUUUGGCUGCCUUUAUUCUGGCCAAAUGCAAGUUUGAGCAGCGGCAGAAGCUGAUCGUUUUCAUAUCCAGCUGUGAGGCUGUGGAGUUUCUGCUUACUCUCUUCACUGCAGUCCUCUGUGUGAAGCCCAGCACCGCUUCAACCAAACAUACCUCAACAUCCCUUAACUUCUACAGGCUCCAUGGCAACAUGAGACAAGAGGAACGCACUGAAGUCUUCCAGGAGUUCUCACAGUGUAAAACUGGCAUUCUGCUGUGCACGGAUGUGGCUGCACGUGGAUUGGAUCUGCCUCAGGUUACAUGGAUAGUUCAGUAUAACCCUCCUGUUUCCGCUGCGGAGUACGUUCAUCGUGUGGGCCGAACGGCACGAAUUGGAGCUCAGGGCAGCAGUCUGCUGUUUCUCACCCCCUCUGAGAUGGCUUUUGUGGAUGUGCUGGCCAACCAUAACAUCAGUUUGUCCGAGAUGAAGAUGGAGGACAUCUUGGCCACUCUGAUGAAGGACGAGCGCUUUAAAGGCAGAGGGAAAUGGGACAGUAAGAGAUCAGCCACGGCUUUUGAGCAGGAGGUGCGAGAGAGAGCCACUGUUUUACAGACUGACUUUGAGAAUUAUGUUCAUGCCAAUAACGAGUCUCUGCAAACAGCGAAGAGCGCACUGCAGUCUUUCCUGAGAGCAUACACCACAUACCCCUCCAGUCUGAAACACAUCUUCCACAUCCGUAGCCUGCACCUGGGCCACGCUGCUAAGAGCUUUGGCCUGAGGGACGCACCCCAGGGCCUGGGAAGCUCUAUAACCACCAAUCCUGCCAACAGCAAAGACUCCAAAAAGGGCAAAGACAAAGCCAAGAGGCCUCCCAAGAAACUGACAGCGAAGGAGCGCGUGUCAAACCUAAUGCGCUCAGAAUAUCUCAGUGGGAUAGAUGGAGAAUCCAAGUCUAAGAAGAAGAGGAAAAAGAAUAAAGGUCAAGCAGAAGAAGAGCAAUCUACUGCAGCAUAAAGAGGAGGAGUUCGUAGAGAUCGGAGACUCUUUUCGGUUGAGAUGUGCUGAGUUCGGAGUCCUUUGCAGCCAGGUGGAUUCUCAGGAUUGAACACGCAGGUGUUUUUAUACAGAGUGACAUUUUUUACCUGAAACAAAGCAAGAAUUGUCAGCAGCGUGGUCUGAAAACCUGCUUUUACCGUCUACAUUAAAAAAAAAAACGUUGAUGCAAAUGGUAAAAUGGGUGUAUUAGAGUGAAGUGCAUAUGGAAUGUUUUAUUGCUCACAGUCAGUUGAUCUGUGAAUUUAUUAUUAUAAAUGUGGUUCCAUAAAUAUGACUAUUUAAGCAAUGUGAUUUACAGGAAAGCAAACUGUUUCAUCAAAAUGUUGUAAUAGUCACUAAAUUUUAUAUUAAAGAGGGUUGUAUU